AAUGCAAAGAGGAGGGGGACCUUGAUCAGAUUACUGAUCCAUACCUAAGGGGAAGAAUUAAUCCGUGGUCUCGUAACAAGUUUGCCGAAACUGCUCUGAAGUGUGUUGCUGAUAAAGAUCGUGACCGUCCAUCGAUGGGAGAUGUGCUAUUAGACCUAGAGUAUGCCCUUAAGUUGGAUGAGAGUCUGGCAAGCGAAUGUGCCAAGAUUUUGCCGUCAGGCCUGUGCCGCCAGUUCUCACUUUCAGAGAUGGAGGCUGCGACAAACAACUUCCACGAGUCACUCCUUAUGGGUAGGGGUUCAUCUAGUAGUGUUUACCUUGGCAAGAUUGAUUCAGCGGCAUUGGCAACCAUGGUAGCUGUUAGGCGUGUUUACGGUGUACGUGACAUCCAUUGCCUGAUAGAGACUGUGUUGAAGCUCGGCCAUGGUCAUCUUGUGCCACUGGUUGGUUAUUGCCAUGAGAAGGAGACGACGCUCCUGAUUUAUGAAUACGUGGCUGGUGGAGAUCUUCGUGAGCACCUCUACGGGAUGAAGCCACCCCUUAGCUGGAGGCAGCGUAUUGAGACCUGCAUUGGUGUUGCUCGUGGCCUGUGCUACCUUCACGGAUUACAACUCACCCACGGGGCAGUGAGGACGUCAAACAUUCUACUGGAUGAUCAGGAAUGUCUUGCUAAGAUCACGAAUAUAGCUCCGCCACCCACUGAGGUCUGUGAAACUGAUUCUUACAGCGAUCCUGAGUACUUGCGCACCGGGCUGCGCACUGAGAAAUCAGAUGUCUAUUGUUUUGGUCUUGUGCUACUCGAAGUCCUCUUUGCUCGCCCUGUUAUCGAGCGCCAGCGUCCUGAGGAACAAGCAGCGUGGUUAGCGCGCUGGGCAUUGCUGUGCCAGGAGGAGGGCUACCUUCAUCGGAUUAUUGAUCCAUACCUGAAGGGAAAAAUCAACCCACAGUGCUUGAAUAAAUUCCUCGAGACUGCUGAGAAGUGCCUUGCUUUUAGAGGCGAUGACCGUCCAUCAAUUGGAGAUGUGCUAUCAGAUCUGGAAUGUGCCCUUGAGUUUACUACAAGAUGCGAGUGGAGAGGCAAGCUCAGGUAGUAGCAUGUCACACGAAGCCAUAGACGAGGGGAGUUGAUUGUGGAGGGUUCCGAUUUCCGACGAGCUGGCAGCACUAGCAUGAUGAUUCCACGCGGGUUUGUGCUCUUUUUUUUUUCCGAUUAAUCUAAAACUAAUAUGUUUGAUUACCGUGUUGUACAGAUACUUUAAGUGAAUUUCGUUACAUUUGCAAUACAAUACAGGUUUGUUAUUCACCCUUGUUUAUGUGAGGUCGUAUUGUACUCUAUGUCCUCUCGGA